UGGCGGGUUGCGCACGCGUCAGCGUAAUGUCUCCAGCGGAAAAUGCGUGCGGCCUGGAGCUGGAGGCUGGGGUUUUGGUGUCAGGGCCUGCGGCCGGGGAUGUGACAGGCUGAGGCAGUAACUCAGACCAAAAUCUGACGCCGUGUGUACAGUUUCGUUUUCCAUCGCCCAGAAAAUGGCAGCGCGGAAGCGGAAAGUGGCCCCGAGUGCGCAGCGUGGGUCAAGCCGUGAAUCAGCAAGAGGUGGACCUUCAACCAAAAGACGACGUUUGGCUGAAAAGACGACAACAUCUGGAUUUAGAGAGUGUGCAAAGCAGUCAGCUGUUCAAUUGCAGAGGGCGUCCACUAAAAAAGAAGCUUUGAAAUUGCUUAAAGGAGUUGUUAAAGAAAACACAUCAUCAGCAAAAAUAACUGCAAAACGCAAGGGGAAAAGCACAAAACCUUUCACUAAAAAUGAAAGAAUGGCUCCUUUGAAGAAGAAAUCUACAAAAGCUUUGCUUAAAAAAUGUGCAUUACUGAAGUCUUCCCAUCAAAAGAAAACUGUAGCUCUCCCAGUAUCAAGGAGGAGAUCUUGCAACGUACAGCUUGAAAGUAAAACCAGAGGAAAACAAAUGCGCACAAAAACUGUAUGUAAAUCUAUGCCAGUGAAAGUUUCACAGAAGUUGCCUCAGAGUAAUCAAGCUUCGCAGUCACAACUUUGUCAAAAAGAUCUGCGUAUUUCCAAAGAGGCCACCUUUAAAAAGCUUCCUUUAAAAAUGUCCUCAAAAACUUGUUCUCAGAAUAAUGUUCCACGAAAGUCAAGCAAAUCAUCUAAAACAAAAUCUCUACAAAUGGUUGUAAAUACUGUAAAAGCUGCAACAAACAAAUUACAGUCAAAGAAAAAUGUUCAAGGUCAACUGAAGUCAUCCAGGAGGGUAUCUACAAUGAGCCCUACAAAGAAAGCUCUAAAAUCUUCGUCAGUAACUGCUAGGACCUCUGUGAAGCAGCCUAUCAAUAGUGCAGUUAAAACUGUGGCAUGCAAGAGUAAUCGUGCUAAACAAUUAACCUCAUGUAAAGCUUCUGAAACAGUGGUAAAAAAAGUUUCUAAGAAAACUUCUGUGAACACACAGAUUAACACAAAAUCUGCAAAGAAGCAUCAGCAAAAAAAGACAGUAAGAUUAAAAUCAUCUCGGCAUCACUCCGCAGGUAAGGAUAAGCUUGAGCUCAAACUAGAGAUAAAACCUCAAAAUAGAUCUGGUCAAAAGCAUACAAAAGAAAAUGCUGCACAGGUAGCUAAAUCCAAGUUACAAUCUGAGACUAACCAAGUACUGAUUAAAAGGCCAACUAGAUCAUCUCAGAGACUGAAUCCAAGCCCUUUGUCAACAAAAUCAUCCUUUACCAUUGACAGCAAGGCCAGUGUAUUUCCUGCUCAAAGAAAACUGAGAAAAAGGGCAUUUAGUGAUUUGUGUUCUAAAAGCCCUGAAAAUACUUUGCCAAUGCAAAAACAAACUAAAGUAGAAAGUAAGCUUGGAAGAAUGAAGCAGGACAAAGUUACGAAAACUCCAAAAGAGAGGGCUUUGAAUGUUGCAGGAAGAAAAUUAGAUGGUAAAUUUGGGAAAAAACCUCCAGCAGCAAAAGCUUUGAUUCCCAAAGAACAAAGCGCACGGGUUGUCAAAACAGUGGCAUGUAUUGCAGGUGAAAUAAAGAUUGAUCUGGGCAACAAAGAAAACCCUUCAAUUAAUAAGACUUCAACUGUUUCAGAAGUUUCUCAAGAGAAAUCUCUAUCCGAAAAGCCAGUUCCUCAAGACCUAUCUGAAACAAGAAUCAGAAAAGGUGCUUCACAAACAAGAUUGCAAAAAAAUGGGACAAACUUGGAAGAUCAGAUUCAGAAAUCGGCCACAGCAAAUUGUAGUAUCAAAGAUACGAAAGGAAAAAGUGGAGUGAAACCACCUGUAAAGAAACAAAACAAAUCUACGAAUAAUGUUGUGCAAAGUAAGAAAAAGCCCAAUAAUUCUGUGAAAGAGCACCUACAAGAUUCAAAACGAUCAGAAAUUAUUUGCAAAGCUAACAAUGCAGUUUCUACUCCGAACACGGGUAUGGAAAUCCCAUGUCUGCAAACUGAAAAUGAUGCAAAGUGUAAACGUCAGAGUAUUCUUGAAUUAUGUGAAGAAAUUGCAGAAGAGAUAGCUUCUGACACUCUUGAUCUUUCAGUAAAAAAGGAACCUGUAAAGACAGAAGAUGAAAAUAUUCAAAAAGAACCAGAAGCCAUAAUCUCUGAAGAUAUUCAGAAAACCACACUGGCAAAGCCAGUUUAUUCCAGCCUAAACAGGUUUCAGUUUUCAGGACAAAAAUGUGUGAAACGUAAACUUGUUGAGCAUAAUAAGUACAUAACUACAAGAUAUAGUUUACAUAAGGGAGGGAACAGUUGGACCAGAAUUAAGCAAAUUAAAACUGAUCAGAAAAAACUAACCACCAUCAAUUCUACCUAUAAUAAGUUUAGAAAUUUGCAGGUUAGGCAAGCCGUUUCACAAGUAGUAGUUCGAACAAUUAGGAAGGUUGAGAAAGUGAAACUGCCAAACGGAGUGCCUGUACCGACCAAAGAAGAAAGUGUUAUCACGUAUGAGCGAUGUAAAUCGAAAACUGUUACUUCUCAAGUGGAAGUUGGGAAAUCUACCAAUAGCGAUCAUAAAUCGUCUGAUAACAGCACACCCGAAGAAAUAACAAAACUAGCAAAGUUGUUUGACAAAAAAGAUGAGACAGAGAUACCAAAAAUGGAAACUGAAUCGGAAGCCGAUGAGAGUUUUAGGUUACAUUUGGAGUCGAGUCCUGAAUGUAGUCCAGAAAAGAGCUGUGCCACUGCAUUACUAAUGAAACCAGUUAAAGAGCAAUUGGAAAAUGGGUCAGAAGGAUCAUUACUGAAGGAAACUGUACGGACUCUCUUUAGUAAUCCUGAUUCACCGAGGAUGAAUGAAAGUGUAUCUUUAUCUAAUCAGCCAACCGUAGUGAAGAACACUGCAGAUCCCUCUGAACUGUCUGUACAGAAAGAAACUAAACAAGUUAUCAACACAGAAGGAGGUGGCCUUCAACCAAACAUUGAUGCUGGACAGAAAAGAAUCGGAGCUAUUUCUUGCACCACAUGUGGAAUGUUGUAUGCAGCUUCUAUUCCAGAAGAUGAGGCUCAGCACUUUCAGUUUCACAAACGUUUUGUUAGUGCCGUAAAAUACGUGGGCUGGAAGAAGGAGCGAAUUUUAGGUGAAUAUCCUGACGGUAAAAUCAUAAUGGUUCUUCCUGAUGAUCCAAAAUAUGCCUUAAAAAAGGUUGAAGAGAUUCGCGAAGUUGUUGAUAAUGACCUUGGGUUUCAGCCAGCAGAACUGAAGUGUCCUUCCAGGACAAAGACACUUCUUUUUAUCUCUAAUGAACGGAAAGUAGUUGGCUGUUUAAUUGCAGAACACAUACAGCAGGGCUUUCGAGUUAUAGCAGAUAAAGCCAUUCAGCAAUCAUCAAAUGAUGCAAUUAUGCUUGAACGCCAACGAGCGUGGUGUUGUUCAACUAAUCCAGAGCCUGCAAUCUGUGGAAUAAGUAGGGUAUGGGUCUUCAGUAUGAUGCGUCGGAAGGCAAUUGCGACAAGAAUGACUGACUGCCUUAGGAGCAGUUUUGUAUAUGGGUCGUAUUUGAGUAAAGAUGAGAUUGCAUUCUCAGAUCCUACUCCAGAUGGCAAACUCUUUGCAACACAGUAUUGUGGAACACCCAGAUUCCUUGUAUACAACUUUGUCAGCUAACCGCUCGCAGGUUGAUAUGAGACUUUGCAGUUAUUGGUGUCAAUGUCUUAAUACAGCCUUCAACAAUUGGUAUAAUUGUGUGCAAACUCUUCACAAAUGUUUUUGGGAGCUAAACUGAAGGAACUGUAUUGCUUUUUAUUACUGUGAACUCAGGACUGAUUGCAACCAAAAGGUUGCUUUUAUAUUUUAGAAAACUGGAAUGGAUGCAGUAACAUUGGAAAUUCUGUUUUUUAUUUUUAAACUGAAAUAGUUUAACUCUUCCAGAAAAGCAUGCCUUUUAGUUCAUUAAUGUUUACAGAUUUUAGGAUGUUUUAUGUAAGGCAGGCAAAUCAUUAACUGUAAAAAUGUUGAAAACUGGUUAUACAAUGUACAUAAAAUAUGCUAUAAAACUGAGACAAUUUAGCGUUGAUGUUUCUAAACGGUUCUAUGACUUCCUUAGUUUGUAUAUAACUGUACAGCAAACAAUCAAAUUUGAAUGUUUUUCCUAUGGGAGAAUGAAGUGAGUGGUCUGAUAUCUGGUUUAUUGCGGAAGGUGAUACUGGAACUUCCCUAAUUUGAUUCAGGGAUAUUGGACCGCUGCACUAAAAACUCUGCUUUUGAGGUUAUCUGAUUAGUUGCAUAUUUUAUCAAACUAUUAAAAUCUUGCUAUUGGUUUUGCUCUGGAAAUAUCCAGUUGUCAUCGUUCAAAAUGUAAUACCUCAUUUAGUAUUGAUGUUAAACCACUGCAAUAUUGGGUGUCCAAGCUAAAAGAAAAUGGGCACCUUGUAUUCAUGUCUUGACUCUGGUUUUGAAAAGAUUUGUGUAAUCUACUUAGAGUAGCAUAUAUAAAUCUGAUUGUGCCUUUUUCAGUGUAGGUCACACUUUGGGAUUGAAUGCAAUGGUUUCAACUGGUCUAACUCUCUAUUGGAUAACUACAGUAACUUUUAAAGGCUUUAUUUUGAAACUCUGAAGGGAGAACCAGUGCAAUUCAGUACAAUAAGAUCUGUAAGCAAGCUCUAUUUCUGUAAAACAAAUAGGUUGAAAGGCUAUGACCAACCUCUGUGAUAAAUACUGCAGCAAAAUUUACAGAAGACUCUUCCAUUUCUGAGCACCACUUCCAUACUGUUUAGUUUUGAUCUGUAAUGUUGAGCCUACGUUUUUGAUUUGUGAUGGAGAGAACAAUUAGAUAUGAAGGCAAGUCUAGGCCCGAAACGUCAGCUUUUGUGCUCCUGAGAUGCUGCUUGGCCUGCUGUGUUCAUCCAGCCUCACAUUUUAUUAUCUUGGAAUUCUCCAGCAUCUGCAGUUCCCAUUAUCUCUAAGGCUGAAGAACUGGUCUUUUUAAAUUUGUUAGGUAAAAUGAUGAAUGGUUUCACCAGAAGUAAACAAUCCUAAACAACAAUUUUAAAAAUAUAUAAGUAAUCUAGUCUUCAUCUUGUCUAUUACAUUUGUAGUUGGAUCAUGUGAUGGUUUUCAGACUAUAAACUUCAGGGUAAAAUUGAAAUGCUCCACAUCCGAGAUCUAAUUUGUAAUUUCAGUCUGUAUUUUUGAACUUUCUGGGCUUUAUACAGCUUACAAAUAUUUAACAUGUAUUCAUCAAGGGCAGAUAGUUGGGAUGUUUCUCCACAGUCAGAUUGUGCCAAGAUUUCAUUGAACCACUGUAAUCCUUUUGGAGGUCCCUAGUUAAGCCAUAAUGUGUAAAAUCCCAAGGUAUUGAAUGAAUGACUCCUGGACUGUUCGUAUUUAUACACUUUUCUUAACCUGGGUCAUUUGGAUAAACAAAAGAAAACUUUCUUGUGUUGCUUGAACUUAAAAUGAUUUUUGUUGCAGGUUAUGAUGAUUAGGUAUGUUUAAAUUAAAGUAUUGUUUAAACUAUAGUUAAGGUUAAUUUUUAACAAUGUUUGAAGAUCAAAUUAGAAAUAUAUAUGUCAGAAUGCUUGGGAUUUAAAGAAGCAUUUUAAUGUGAAAGGUUUUAAUAUGGCUUCGUUUUUACUAAAAAUACUUAUUUAUCCUAUUUACUGAAAUCCAAAAUUUUAUCAGUAAUUUACAAAAUGUAUUUCUAGAACCUAUCAUAUACCCAGUUAUGUUUUCAGUUGCCCAAGUUCAGGAUGGUUUAAAGUUUACCUCGUAUAAUCUAAUGAUUUGUAAAUAAGUAUAGAAUUAUCAAGUUGGGAACAGCGGGAUGCAGAAGGUUACCAAAGUCCUGAAGAUGCAAUUCUAAAGCUGAAGGCAAGUUAGAUGACAUCUUUUUAUUAUCUAAUGCCUUUCAGUAUCCCACUGCUCCCUGGGUGGUAUUUCUGUUUAUACCAUAAUGGUACAAUUUUUUUUUACAAACAGUUAAGUGCUGCAGAAUGUCAUGUGGCCUAAGGUCAUAUGCUAUUAUCAGUAUUGCUUACAGGUUAUCACAUAACCCUCUGCAAUUCAUAUGUGGAAUGAAUCUGUCCACAAUAUUGUACGUUAUCAGUUUAGAUCUGUUUUGACUGCGAGGAGGCUAAAAUUGUUAAUGUUAUGAUCACACUCAACCUAGUAAUAUAUAUGCACUAGAUAUUAAAUGGACCAAAUGCAGAUGGGUUGAAAUUAACUUUCUGGACUGACUUUUUUUUUCUUUUAAUUCUGAAACUAUUUAAAAGCAAAUCAUAUGAGCGAUAUUUGCAUUUAAGCAAUUGCUUAAACGGGUAACUUGGAAAUCUAUGGUUUUAAGACACUGUGUACAACUGAAUACUAACAAUGUUUGAAAAAGUAAACUUUUUUUAGUGAAUACGUUAAUUUUAUAUUGUCUUUUAUGGAACUAAUCUUGAAGGUUACUGCACAUUGUUUAAUAAUUUGAGUGUAAAAAUACAGACCCCUCCCUACAAGUUGUAGCUGAUACCAUGCUUGAGCAUUGUUAUCUUGGUCAACUUUAUCUUGUGGUUUAGUCACAUGCCUGUUCUGUGUUUUUCUUAAAAGAAAUGACAAUUACAAUGCAUCCCAUUGGAAGAUACAUGAUGCUGCGUGUAUUUUGUUCCACUUUAAAUACUUUGUAAGUAGGAAAAUGUUCUGAGUUUAAUUUAUAAAUGACUUUGCGAAUACAAUAAAUCUGAUUUGUUGGAGGGCUAAAGUGCUCGUUAGGUGAAUUAUUUCUGGUAAAUUGUGCAAGCCAGUAAAUUUAAUAUAGUUUAAUAAACUCCUGGAGUAGGUCUAACUAAAAAUACUACUUGUUAGAUUUCUACCUUUUUGUGUUUGGAUGUCUCCUUAUCAGACUGAAUUUUAUAAAAGUGGCGGGAUUAAUUGGGUCAAGUUUUGGCAGGCUUGGUUGAAGUCUCAAAUCUCUAACUUAUUCCAGACUUUCACUGAAGUUGAAAGGUGGGCAUGUGACCAACUCGAUCCAGGGGUGAGUUGUGACUUGAAACACAGUAAUGAAGUCAGGAGUAUUGUUGUCGUUUGUGUUUUGAAAUUUUAAAUGUUGCUGCCAGGUUCCCUAUGGGCCAGGUAACCCAGUAGAGUUCUCAGAGUCUAUUCAGAAAUCAAGUGCCUAAACACACCCCACCCUGAUAACUGCAGGACAUGACAAAAUCUCAGUUGUGGGUUCCUUUUGAAUUUCUGGAAACCAACUUGUUAUGGGCUGUUUGGUUGGCAUAAGCUCUGCCUAGUGUCUCUGGAUUUGUGAUCAUUGCUUCAGUGAAACAGUGCUGUAGCCUUAGGUGACUUUUGAUUGACUACUUGAUUCAUUUUUCCUUUCACCUCCUACUCUGCUACCAACCUGCCACCACAACCCCUCGUCUUUGCUGAGUAUGUUUCCACAUUGCUUGAACAGGUCCUAUUAACUAAUUCUAUGAUGAAUAUGACUGUACAUCACCAGUGUUGGUUUUGAUAACAUGGUGUUGUCAUAAAAUGCAAGUAAGUUCUGUAAUUUGAAUUAAUCCCAUGUUCCUAAUUUAAAUCUGUGACUUUUAUAUAUUCAAAUUAUGCUGUGGUGUUAUGUUUCAAUGGAACCAACGUCCACUGUUGUCAUGUUGUGACCUUGACUUGGGCAAAUCCUAAUUUGAAUGCACUUUUCUUUUUGAAUUAUAGAUGAACAGUUGACAUGAGUAAUCAUGUGGAACUCUGUGAUGAAAUUAUUCCAUUAGAGUUUUUAGGUUCUAAUUAUAAAAACAGUAUAGAGGUGGUGUAAAAAGUGCAAACCAAGGACUGACCUAAUAAGGUGUUUAAGGCUGUGAAAAUAUUUGAUAGGCUAGUCAUAGAGAGAGCCUAAAAUUUGAGGAAGACCAAACCAUGGGGCUGUAAAUGUAAAGUAGUUAUGAAUGCAAAUCAGUUACUUAAUAAAGUGGUGCAUUCUUUCUUGGUUGAGAUUUUGAGUUUGUACUGGUUGACCAAAUAACCAGUGAGCGAAAUUACAUUAAGUGUAAGAGAUUGACAAGUUAAAAUGAUUAUGGACCAUCUUGUUUCCUUUGCUUAAUUAAUUUAAGUGACGUCUCACUUAUUCUGGAAAUUUAGUUGUAACCAUUUUUAUUUGGGAUCAGUCUUGAUGUCUGCCUAGUGAGGCUGAUGGUGACCCUGAUAUUGAGCCUCGGGCUUGCUUUCUUUCGGCUGAAGAGAUAGAAACAGACAGUCUGCCAGGAUUGAAUAUUGAUCUUCUGCACUGUAACACAGUCCCUGAGGUAAAUAAUGGAUAAGGAGGAAAGUAAGGGCAGCAAGGUGAGUACAGUCAGGUAAGUAGUGGCUACCAAUCUCUCAUAUCAUUUGCACUCAAACAGCCAUUAAGACGAGGUACUGAUGUAAGUUUUAUUUAUUGGUGGGAUUUACACGUCACUGGUUAGGCCAGCACUUACUGCCCGUUACUAAUUACGGAAGGGCACAACAGCAGUGUGGUGGUCUCGAGUCACACUUUGAGUUAAAAUAGAGAUGUAUUAUGGUUCUAUCUGCAUAAUGAGGAAAACUUUUAGGGAUAAAACUGUAAAACUGACCUCCCUUUCUUCCACCCUGACUCACCAUUGACCGUUCAACUCCCCACAUCCUGAUACUCCUGACCCCAUCCACCUUGUGUCCAGCACCACCACUUCAUGCACCCUACCAUCUCAAAUCUGCAGCUAGGAUCCCUUGACCACUUGCAGCCCUCCUUCCUCACCUGUUUGUCACUGUUCUGCUGUUCUUGCCAACGCACAUACUUAGCUUGUCAACAUACUUUUGAGCUUUAGUACUGCAAAGAUUGUGUGGCUUGAUCACCAAAAAUGAUCCUCUUGCAAUGGAGCAGAAGAAAAACGUUCAGCAUUUCUUAAGACGACUGGUUGAAAAGUCUGGGCCAGAAACCUGUGAUUCCUCAUAACAAGCAAAGAAUGGAGUGGCACUCAGACAUUGAUUACAACCACCCCAAGGAAUCACCUGUAUAUUUUUAAAGGCUUGCAUACUGAAGUGGGUGAUGAUUCCUCUUUGGUAGUACAAGCAAGGCUGCAGUAUCAGUGAUGGCUCAGUUUACGGCAGGGCAGGAGGUAGACCAGAAAAACAAUAGGAAUGGAGAACUUGAUAAUUAUUGAAACAGACAGGUGGUUCAGUGUUUGUAGACGUAGUCCUGAUGGGCACAGUCCUGGAACUAUCACUGAAUGGUUUCAGAGCAUUCUGAGGCGAGAAGAAUGAACAGUGAGAGGUGGUGUCCAUAUUGGUACCAAUGAUAAAAGGUAGAAAGAGGGAAUGAGGUCCUUCAGGCAGAUUUUAAAUUUUUAGGAUUAAUAAACAGAAGCUCUACCACUUUUUUGUUUCAUCCAGAUGACCCCCAGCACCAAGAAUUAAUGAAUACAGAAAUAAGUGGAUUGUUGCAGAGAAGUAGACUUUAGAUUUCUAGGCUUUGGAACUUGUAAUAGGAGAAAUGGAGCCUAUAGAAACCAGCUAGGU